GGCGCUGCGCGGCGGCCGCAGAAGAGGAGGAGACCGGCGGGCCCGAGAGGAGAGGCGCGGAGGGGAGCGGAGCUAUGCUAAACCCGGGGUACCGCUGAGGCGGCGCGGGCCAGGCCAGAGGCGGGGGCUCCCCGGCGGCGGGCGCGCAGGGGCCCGGUUCCCGAGGCGGCGGCAGGCAGUGUUUCGGCGCGGGGAGCGGCUCCGCAGCCACCGGGCCAAUGAACAUGUCAGUGUUGACUUUGCAGGAAUACGAAUUCGAGAAGCAGUUCAACGAGCAUGCGGCCAUCCAGUGGAUGCAGGAGAACUGGAAGAAAUCAUUCCUAUUUUCAGCUCUGUAUGCUGCCUUUAUAUUUGGUGGUCGGCACCUAAUGAACAAACGAGCAAAAUUUGAACUGAGGAAACCACUAGUGCUCUGGUCCCUGAGCCUUGCCGUCUUCAGUAUAUUUGGUGCUGUUCGAACUGGUGCUUAUAUGCUGUACAUUUUGAUGACCAAAGGCCUGAAGCAGUCAGUGUGUGACCAGAGUUUUUACAUUGGACCUGUCAGCAAAUUCUGGGCAUAUGCAUUUGUGCUAAGCAAAGCACCCGAACUAGGUGAUACGAUAUUCAUUAUACUUAGGAAACAGAAGCUCAUCUUCUUACACUGGUACCAUCACAUUACUGUGUUACUGUAUUCUUGGUAUUCCUACAAGGACAUGGUGGCUGGUGGUGGCUGGUUCAUGACCAUGAACUAUGGAGUACACGCCGUUAUGUACUCUUACUAUGCCUUGCGGGCUGCUGGCUUCAGAGUCUCACGCAAGUUUGCCAUGUUCAUCACCUUGUCGCAGAUCACUCAGAUGUUGAUCGGUUGCGUGAUCAAUUACCUGGUCUUCUCCUGGAUGCAGCAGGGCCAGUGCCAUUCCCACGUGCAGAACAUCAUCUGGUCCUCUCUCAUGUACCUCAGCUAUUUUGUGCUCUUCUGCCAUUUUUUCUUUGAGGCCUAUAUCGGCAAAACCAGAAAAGAAAGGAAGGUUGACUAGUGGUAGAAACGAGAAGCCAUAGCUCAGGGUCAUCCAGAAAAACAAAAUUACAAGAAAAGAAAAGAAAAUGGCACAAGGAAACACAUACAUGUAUGGUGCAGCUAAAACUUGGCAGCUUAGGGAAAGUUAGCUUGGUUUAACCCAGUAAGUUUAUGAUCCUAUCAUGGUGAGGACUCACUGAAUUCUACUCUAUCUCAAAGGACUGCUGAUGAAAGACAACUUCCUUCUUGUACCUGUCUGCUCUAGAAGAGAAAGAAGAAAAGAAAGAGAAAAAAAAAAAAAAGGGAAGAAAAAAGAGAAGAAAAUAAAUGAGAAAAUUAAUAAUAAUGAGGGGGGAAAAAGUACAAUAAAUAAGCAUUGUGUUUCCCCAGAGAGAAUAGACUUAUAUUUUUUUUAAAUAAAAAGUUUCUAAAUCCUUUCUAGUAAAUUUUCAGCUGUAAACUUGAACAAAACAAAGCAGAGAGUUGGCAAAAAAAAAUCUGUCAGUGAUAACAGUAAAAUUCAAAAUUAAAAUCCUUUCUAUAGAAGGUUAAUACCUUUAGCCAAAAUGAAACUCAAAAGGCUGUUUCCUGCAUGGAAAGUGACUGAACUCCACACUGUGGUCACAAAUGGAAAAGAGAAGAGAUUGAUUUCUCCACUAUGUCCUCUGCUGGGGAAGCAGAUCUGGGAUGUAGUCUCGCCUGUCUCAGAAGGUGGAAAGGAGCAGUACUUUUACAAGAGUUUAACGUGAAAAGAUGCACUGUUGCAAUACAUAUCUCAAAGAGUGCAUUUUCCAAGUGCAUUUUUCAGUUCAAUGCAAGUAAUUUCUGCAGCAGGAUAAGUCAUAGAAGGUUAAAUCAAUCAAUAUAUGCUAAAUUACAUGGGGCUAAUAGCAGAGGGAUGUUCAGGAAGGAGAGGGAGACCACUCCCCUCACAUGAUUUUUAGAAAUUAUCCGUUAAUCUCAAGUUAACCCGCAGCAACUCUGAAUUAAAUGGGGGAAAUCAGAAGAAAUCCUAGUUAGCGAGAAGAGAGUGAUAUAUCUGCCUACUGUUUUCAGAACAGAGCCCUGUGGUACAAUACGGAUUCUGUAUUUUUGUGGACACAAGGAUACCUGCCUGGGUGGAAAGAGGUGGCAGGACUGUGCAACAUUGGGUAACACUGUGCUUCUGCAUCUGCCUCCUGCGCAGUGCAAAGAUGUUCAAAGUGCCCUCCUCUGGUUAUGUGGAGAUACUACUACAAAACAUACUUGGAAUAGGUUUUUCCUGAGAUUUGUAUAGAAAAAAAGUAGUCUAAAAGGAGUAAUUUUGCUGCAACAGCUUAACUCUAAAGUCCAGAGAGAAUUAUCCUUCCAUAAAUAAACAUCUCUCUCUCUGCAGAAUCUGUACUGUAACAUCAGACUGACCACUUACAAAGACACUCUUUCUUCUCUGAAGUCAGCUACAGAUAUAAGGAGAAACAUAUUUCACUCUGAACCUUAGAGAGUUAGUUGAGAACAGCCAUAUUCUUUCAAAGACAAGUAGGUUGCAUUAUCUGUGAUAUUCCAGUCCUUACAAAGCCAAAUAAAAUGUGUAAAAGUUCCUAGUAUUUCAAAGACGCAAGUAUGUAAACUUGAUGUUAAAUGUGUUAAUGUAGUAUUCUAAAUUGUAUCGGUUAGGUAGUUUAACUAAACAAUUAGAAGAACUAGAUCAACAAAAUAGGGACUGCUGUUCUGCAUAGGAUAUACACACACCUAUAACUACACCCAUAUAUACAUUCUGUGAAUUGUCAACAAGAAAAAAAAAGCCCAGUGGCAGAGAAUCACAUUUCCCAGCUAAUGCAAAAGAUUGUUACUAUUUUCUUGCUUUAAUUUGAGAUUGUACAGUACAAAGGGUGUUGGAUUUUUUUCUUCAGUUAUGAUUUUUAGCUUUAAUUGUGCCGUCAUUCUUGAAACAAAGCUGCUUUAGUAUCCUGUUAAGACAUUACUUAAGGGCUUUCAGUGUCUCAUUAUAUACAAAAGAAAAAUAAAGUUACAUUCCUUGUUA